AUGGCGCGGGAGGGCGUCGAACGCGGGUUGGCGGCGGAGGAAGCCGAGUUGGCGGAGUACGAACGAUUGAUGGCGGCGCGGCGGGCGUCGGCGGAGGCGAGGAACGCGGAUUUUUUGGAGCGCGCGGAGGACGUGUUGGAGGCGACGGGCGAGGCCGCGGAGGCGUCGGACGCCGAACGCGGAUUCGUCGACGCCGGGAAUUUCUGGUGA